AUGCGCUCUAUUCAGGCUCUGAGAAGGUCAAUCAAAGGCGAAAAGGAUAGGCCUCAGGUCUCCAUCGCUCCAAAGUCCGCAGUUGCCAUUGUUCCCCCAAAAAAGGUCAUUCGAGCUCUUUAUGAUUAUGAGGCAACCACUGCCCAGGAACUGAGCUUCUCGAGGGGUGAUUUCUUUCAUGUUAUCGGCCGCGAAAACGACUCGGAUUGGUAUGAGGCAUGCAACCCAGCGCUUCCUGACGCUCGAGGUCUAGUUCCGGUAGCUUUCUUCCAAGCCCUUGGGCGUACCGAAAGAGAUAGUGGGUCAUCAGACCCGGGUCGCCCGUUGACCUUGAAGAAGGACGACCACGAUUCCGGAUUCUCCGAGACCAACGUGUCGACUAUACCUCCUACACCGGCGUUGAGUCAGCGCAGUUCUAAGUCGGGUACUAAAAACGGAGCCAUGGUUUAUGGAAUUGUGAUGUACGACUUUCAGGCGGAGAGGGCGGACGAACUGGAAGCGAAAGCUGGCGAGGCAAUCAUAGUGAUCGCGCAAUCCAAUCCCGAGUGGUUUGUCGCAAAACCGAUCGGUCGCCUAGGAGGCCCCGGCCUCAUUCCCGUUUCGUUCGUAGAAAUUCGAGAUAUGUCGACGGACACGGCCGUUCCGAAUCCCCACGAGGCUGUGAAACGCGCCGGUGUUCCUAAGGUGGAAGAGUGGAAGAAGAUGGCAGCCGAUUACAAGAAUAGUAGCAUCACGUUAGGCAAAUUUGAAGCUGGUGGUCAACCGGGUCUGGAACAGGGCAUGGAACGGAUGAGCUUGCAGCCGGGUCCCAAUCGCCAGAGCCAACAGCAAAACCCUUCACUCCAACAGCAGUUUAAUGGAUAUCAGCAGCAAGCCCAACAGCAACCCCAAAAUGCCGUGCAACAGAAUCAGGACGCUUCAAAAUCAACUUCACAAUUAUACGCACCUAUAUCAGCCCGGAUACCGCGAUACUGCUUUGCAGAGGACAAAUAUUGGUUUGUGAUCGAGGCAACCUUAGAAGACGGCCGGCACUGGGAGCUUUCGCGUUAUUACGAAGACUUCUACGAUUUCCAAAUCGCCCUUCUGACCGAGUUCCCCGCCGAAGCUGGAAAUACCGGCACGCAUAAGCGCACAUUACCGUAUAUGCCCGGUCCUGUUAAUUACGUGACCGACGCAAUUACGGAAGGACGACUACACAAUCUGGAUGCAUACGUAAAGAACUUAUUGGGACAGCCGCCAUAUAUCUCGAAGUGCAACUUGGUAAAACAGUUCUUUGCCCCGAGAGAGGGAGAUUACGAGAUGGAGCCGAACGGCGACGAAUACAGGCUGUCCGGAGGAUCCCGCUCAUCAGUUGAUUCACCAAGAGAUGAUCACUCGCGGCAGUCGUCAAGAAACAAUCUAAACGGGAAUGGAUAUUCUGGGUUAUCGGCGGCCCCAAGACAGAUGCAAAAUGGUCAGCCGCAGAUGACUCGACAAGCGUCGUCGCUUUCCCAACCCUCACAAACCUCAUUAUCACCAGGGAUCAGCCAAGGAGGGCCAUCUCUCAAGGUCAAAUUACAUUUCAACGACGACACGUUUUUAAUACGUGUACCAUCUGAUACCAACUUUCAACAAUUAUACGAAAGAAUUAGAGAACGAACCAAGGUUUCCAGCGGAGACCAAAUCCAGCUCUUCUACCGAGACGAGCAGAGUGGUGACAAGCUUAGUCUCCUGAGCAACAACGAUCUUAACUAUGCUCUAGAGCAUAACGAAAAGCUGGUUGUUUUUGUUGAACAGGUAUAA